CCUACAGUGAAGAAAGAGAGAAGAACAUCGAAGAGAUGUCCCAGUCCUCUUCUUCCACAGGAUGGUUCAGAAGAACAUUACAAUGUCCCACAGGAUGAUCAGGUUCUGAAUCCAGGAGAAGAUCUGAACAUUAUAUAUGUUACAGAGACAGAUGUGAAGGACGAUGAGCAGAGUACAGAGGACAUUCCUACAGAUAACCGCCCAGAUGACUGUACCUGGAACCCAGAGGAACAUCUGGUAUAUUCUGAUUUUAAAGAAGAUUAUUAUGGUGUCACACAAGAUAUGUAUGAAGAGCAUGCCAAUAUCCAAGAUGUAUCCUUAUCCAUUUACAGGAAAAAUGUAUCAUUUGAUCCUUUUAAACAGGUCCAAUUUUCUGAUUUGUCACAGACUAUAACACAAAAUAAAAGUUACAGAAAAGAUGUUAAAUGUCAAACAGCUCACAUAAGUGUGGAGCCAUUUUCAUGUUUAGAAUGUGGAAGAUGUUAUAGCUAUGAAUCGGAACUUGUUACACAUCAGAUAAUUCACACAGGGGAGAAACCAUAUUCAUGUUCAGAAUGUGGGAAACGUUUUAAUCGUAAAUCUAAUCUUGUUGAACAUGAGAGAAUCCACACAGGGGAGAAGCCAUAUUCAUGUUUAGAAUGCGGGAAAUGUUUUAACCAUAAAUCAGAUCUUGUUAAACAUGAGAGAAUUCAUACAGGGGAGAAACCAUUUUCAUGUUUAGAAUGUGAAAAAUCUUUUAACCAUAAAUCAGAUCUUAUUAAGCAUAAGAGAAUUCACACAGGGGAGAAGCCAUAUUCAUGUUCAUACUGUGGAAAAUGUUUUGCUGGAAAACAAAAUCUGGUUACACAUCAAAGAACUCAUACAGGGAAGAAGCCAUUUGCAUGUUCAGAGUGUGGGAGAUAUUAUAGCUAUGAAUCAGAACUUAUUAGACAUCAGAGAACUCACACAGGGGAGAAGCCAUUUUCUUGUCCAGAAUGUGGCAAAUCUUUUGCUUUAAAAAAAUAUCUUGUAACACAUCAAAGAACUCAUACAGGGGAGAAGCCAUAUUCAUGUUCAGAAUGUGGGAAAUGUUUCGCUAUAAAAAAAGUUCUUGUCAGACAUCGGAGAAUUCACACAGGAGAAAAGCCAUAUUCAUGUUCAGAAUGUGGGGAAUGUUUUGCUGUAAAAAAAUAUCUUGUUAGACAUCAAAGAAUUCACACAGGAGAGAAACCAUUUUUAUGUUCAGAAUGUGGAAAAUGUUUAAACGAUAAAUCAGCCCUUGUUACACAUCUGAGAAUUCACACAGGGGAGAGACCAUUUUCAUGUUCAGAAUGUGAAAAAUGCUUUAGUCAUAAAUCAGAUCUUGCUAAACAUCGGAGAAGUCACACAGGGGAGAGGCCAUUUUUAUGUUUAGUGUGUGGCAAACGUUUUGCUGUAAAAAACUAUCUUGUUAGACAUCAGAGAAUUCACACAGGGGAGAAGCCAUUCUCAUGUUCAGAAUGUGGGAAAUGUUUUCAGCAGAAAUCAUCUCUUAUUACACAUCAGAGAAUUCACACAGGGGAGAAACCAUUCUCAUGUUCAGAAUGUGGGAAAUGUUUUCAGCAGAAAUCGGCUCUUGUUACACAUCAGAGAAUUCACACAGGGGAAAAGCCAUAUUCAUGUUCAGAAUGUGGGAAAUGUUUUCACCAGAAAACACAUCUUGUUAAACAUCAACAAAAAACACACAGUAGAGAAGCCCAUGUUUAGCCCAUUAGUGACCUUCCACACCUGUAUUUUACAGCGGUCACUAACUGGCUUUAUUCCAAUGGAUACACCUUUUGACAGUGCUGUAUCAGAAUAAAAUAGCACUGCCAGAAAUUAAAACAGCACCGUGCUUUCGGCUACCAGAGGUGGCUUAGGGCUUGGAGCAAUGCUCAGAGAGGUCUCUAAACACAUUUGGUCUCCUGUACUGGUGAUCAACAAUAAAAUCUCUCACCAAAAAUAUUCAGCAAGAAGAAACAGAAGAGUAGGCCCCCUCAAAGUCUUCUUUGGAGGAGCAGUACCAUUACUGACAGAAUAUAAUACAAUCAGACAUUGGAAUAUUGUGUAAUGUACCAAAAUACAGGUUCAACCAGUGGUGGGACUUUAUAUAGCAGCAUUGAUAGUACAUUUCAUUAAUUGUAUUGGUUUGGGUUGGUGACUGUUGUCAGCUAUGGACAGCCCCUAAAAAUCAGUUUUUUUUUAUAAACCCUUGUAACAAACCCGAGGAGCAGAUGAGGAAAUGUCUCUUCUCUGUUCUCAUAACUUGCUGUUACCAAUCACUA